AUGAGUAAUUAAGACAGAAUUUAUUAUUUAACUUUAGAUCUUAAAGAUGAUUAAAAUCUCAUUUAAUUGUAUGAAGAACAUCAUAAAAAAAUAUGGCCUGAAAUUACUAAAGGAAUUAAAGAUUCAGGUGUAUUAAAUAUGUAAAUAUAUCGUGUUUCAACUCGUUUAUUUAUGGUAAUGGAAGUCGAUGAAUAUUUCAGUUUCGAAAAAAUGGAAUAAAUGGAUAAAAAUAAUUAAAAAGUUUAAUAAUGGUAAAAUUUAAUGGAUUAAUUUUAAUAACGUUUACCCUAUGCAUAAAAUGGAGAAAAGUGGGUUUUAUUAUAAAAAAUUUUUGAUUUAAAAGAAUAAUGA